AUGGCUCCCGGCACAAUCUCUCCCGGCCUCCACCAUGGCAACCAGGAUGUCGACCUGACCUCCUCCGCCAUCGAGCACAAGCUCGACGCCAUCCCCAAUGGCAAGGCCACCAACGGUUCCGCCAACGGCAGCAAGUCCGUUUACCAGGAACUUGACGCCUCCAAGCUCACCUACACCCGCACCCAGAACCCCCGCCAAGUGCCCGACCUGGCCAGCGCCAACGCCGGCUCCGAGACCAUCGCCACCGAUCACAUGAUCGCCGCAACCUGGAAGGCCGGCGCCGGCUGGUCCACCCCCGAGCUCAAGCCCUAUGGCCCCAUUUCCCUCAUGCCCACCGCCUCCGUCCUGCACUACGCCACCGAGUGCUUCGAGGGUCUCAAGGUCUUCCGCGGCUUCGACGGCGCCCUUCGCCUCUUCCGCCCCGACCGCAACUGUGAGCGCAUGCUCAUGUCCUCCACCCGCAUCGCCCUGCCCGGCUUCCCUCCCGCCGAGCUCGAGAAGCUCAUCAUCGCCCUCAUGGCCGUCGAUGGCCCCAAGUGGCUUCCCCGCGACCGCCCCGGCUCCUUCCUCUACCUUCGUCCCACCAUGAUCGGAACCCAGCCCCAGCUCGGCGUCCAGGCCCCCUCCGAGGCCAUGCUCUACAUCAUCUGCACUUUCAUGCCCGUCAUGGACUCCCCCGCUGGCGGCAUGAAGCUCCACACGAGCCCCGAGGAUAUGGUCCGCGCCUGGGUUGGUGGUUUCGGCUACGCCAAGGUCGGUGCCAACUACGGCCCCUCCCUGCUCGCCACCGUUGAGGCCCGCAACCGCGGUUUCGGCCAGAUCCUCUGGCUGUACGGAAAGGAGCAGUACUGCACCGAGGCCGGCGCCAGCAACUUCUUCGUCGUGUGGAAGAACAAGGAGACCGGCAAGACGGAGCUCAUCACCGCUCCCCUUGACGACCGGUUGAUCCUGGACGGCGUCACCAGACGCAGCGUUCUGCAGCUCGCCCGCGAGCGUCUCGGCGACGACGUCGACAUCGUUGAGCGGAGGUACACCAUUGACGAGGUCAUUGAGGCCCACGACGAGGGUCGCAUUGUCGAGUCCUUCGCGGCCGGUACUGCUUUCUUCAUCUGCCCCAUCUCCCUCAUUCACCACCGCGGCAAGGAUGUCAACAUGGGCAUGGGCAGCGACGGCCAGGGCGGCGAGUACACGCUCAAGAUCAAGCAGUGGAUCAGGGACAUCAUGUACGGCGGUGAGCAGCACGAGUGGGGGGUCGUCGUCCAGGAGGAGCAGUAG